AUGAGAUGGCGAAAAAUAAAAUAUCAUAUAAUAAUUUUAUUUUCUUAUAAUUAUUUGACUGCUGAAGUAUUACAUAUAAAUGAAAAUGAAGCUCAAAACUUUAAAAUGUUAUUAUGUUUAUUUUUAUUGAAUAAAUUAUUGUUAUUAUUGUUAUUGUUACCAUUAUUAUUAUUAUUAUUAUCAUGCAGGCAAUUUCAAAGAAACGGUUACAUGUCACCCCAUAUAAUAAUCAUUGAAAAAAUAUCUAGAGCAUUAUGCGAAUAUGACAUAUAUACACCUAAUUAUGAUAAUGAUCCUGAGAUGAAAGAAGUAAUAGAAAAAUAUAAUGAACGAUUAGAAAUACGAUGGAAAAAAUAUUAUGAAUUAAAGAAAGAAAGAGAAAGAAAAUAUAAAGAAAAAUACGAUAAAGAUAUAAAAGAAAUCAUAUUAAAAGACAAAAUACAAAAACAACUAACAAAACAAUUAUCAGCAUUAGAAAAAUUUACUGAUAUGGACGAUUUAGAUAAAGGUAUAAAUGAAAAAGAGGUAGCAUCUAAAGUAAAAAAAGGUAAAAAAUCCAAGAAAACAUUAGGUCAUAACUUAUCCGAAUGGAACAUUUUACCUAAUAUUGAUAUGCAUGAAUGGAUACGUUUUUCAUCUAAGGAAGCAAAAAGUGAUUGUAAUAUAAAAAAUAUGAAACAUGCUCUUACUAAAGUUGGUUAUGUAGGUACUAAUAAAUUUACGUCUAUUGUUAAUAGGAAUGGGAAAGUUUCCGUUGAUAUGGCUCAAUUAUUUAGUUCUAUUACGAGUUCUUCUAAUGCGUUCAUUCAAAGAUAUAUGGGGGAUGAUUUUACAUCCAAUGGUAAUAAAUUUAAAAGUAGUAGUGUUUCAUCAAUUUUUAUUUACGCUUUAUGGGAAUUUUUUGAGCAUAUCGUAGCCCCUGUCUCCGCUGCUCUUUUUUUCAAAAGUGGUGAUACUGAAGGAGGAAAUUCACAAGUGACUCAAUGUUCAGGUGGAUCUUCACAUACAGCUCACGGUCAAAGAGCUCAUGUACAUGGAGCUGAUGGUCCAUAUUAUAUGACAGUCCUUUAUGAUUCCUUCGUUACUAUAUAUACUAUAGCAUCUAUUUUAUUAAUAAUUUAUUACAUUUUAAAAUAUUAUAGAAAUUUAAAGGUGGAGAAAAGAAUGAAAUAUAUAAAACUAUUAAAGGAAUAA